CGAACCUUCAGUCACCAGGAAGAAGGUGUGAGAAGUGUGGCUGCACCCCACUUUGGGACAUGUUCGAUUCCCCCAACAUCCUUGGGACUUCCAGGGUUCCUUCAUGUGCUUCCAGUUGGAAGCAAACACUCAUUUUUGCUUUUGAAAAUUAUUUCCCUAGCCAUCGACGAGUACAAGCCCCAGGAUGCUACCACCAACCCAUCCCUGAUCCUGGCUGCAGCGCAGAUGCCCACUUACCAGGAGCUGGUGGAGGAGGCGAUUGCCUAUGGCCGGAAGCUGGGCGGGUCACAAGAGGACCAGAUUAAAAAUGCUAUUGAUAAACUUUUUGUGUUGUUUGGAGCAGAAAUACUAAAGAAGAUUCCAGGCCGAGUAUCCACAGAAGUAGACGCAAGGUAAGUAUGCUUGCUCCUGUGUAGGGUCAAGCCCUACAGGGUUGUGGGGUGUCCCCUGUCGCUGUGCUGAGGUGCCGGAUCCGAGAAGUAAAGAGACAAGACACCGAAGGACUGGAAAAGACAGCUGGGCUCGGGGGACCACGCCACCUACAAGCGGAGACAGGCGAGGCCCUGAACAUGCAGGAGCAUCUGUAUUUAUUGGGUGUAGGUCAGGGGGCAGGGUAGU